CUCAUCUUUGUGAUCUCGUGUGUUUCCGGUUAGCGGCCACUAAGAGUGGUUGUGCACGAGAAGAGCUCCAGAAAAAAAAAGAGGUGUCAAACUCGGGUCUGGUAAUGCAGAGGGUGUGCGAAACCUGCGCGCUGUCAGUCCUCUCAAAAAGCGCUCAACGUGACAGACAACCCGCGAGCGUUAUGUCAACAAGUUGACUUACAACAUGUGGGGAAUUAGCGCGCUGGCACGGAUACCUAGAUAACGUUAUAUUUGGAGCAGGACAGGUUAUAUCCACGCGCAGGAGCGAGUAUCAGCCGCUAUGGAGGAGCAGCGGGGUCAGGGUGAGGACGACAGUGUUUCUCUGGUCUCUCCGCAACACACGCACAGAAACACGAACUUCUUCAUUGAUAAUAUCCUGAGACCGGACUUCGGCUGCAGGCGCGAGCGGGGCGCGCGCGCGUCAGAGCGGGGUGUUUCUGCCAGGCGCGCGCUCUACCCGGGUUCCAGCUGCAGGAGCGACGGGGUUUCAUCAUCAUCAUCAUCAUCAGGCUCGUCCACCGGCUCGUCUCCGGUCAGCGGGCGGGUUCCCGAGGCCGAGAGAGGGAACACAAAGGCAUCCAGUGCUAGCCCGGGGGAAGGCGGAGGCUCCUCGCCCGGGAAAGGCUCCCUGUGGCCCGCAUGGGUUUAUUGCACGAGAUACUCUGAUCGGCCUUCAUCUGGCCCACGGACCCGGAAAUUGAAAAAGCCGCAUUGCUCCAGUGAGGACAAGCGAGGCAGAACCGCGUUCACGGCCGAGCAGCUGCAGAGGCUGAAGAGCGAGUUCCAGGAGAGCCGGUACAUCGCGGAGCAGCGACGCCGGGCCCUGGCCCUCGAGCUCGGCCUCAACGACGCGCAGAUCAAGGUCUGGUUCCAGAACAAGCGCGCGAAGCUCAAGAAGGCCAGCGGCUUCAAGAACGGGCUGGCGAUGCAGCUGAUGGCCCAGGGACUGUACAACCAUUCCACCAACACCGUUCAGGAACAGGACGGGCACUAGCAGAGCAGCCCGACCUCAUGAAACAUGCGUGUCUGUAGCACGAAUUGUAUUUAUCGCGCAAUUUAUACGCAAAAAAAAAAAAAAAAAAAAAUGUUUAACGUGCAUGAUACGCACUUUAUGGCGCACGUAACAUUUACAUAGCCUAUUACCCAAGGGGGUUACAGUGCGUUUCAAAUGCAUGGAAAAACUUUUCUUUUUUUCUUUUUUUUUUUUUUUUGCUUAUAAAUUGCACGAUAAAUACAAUUCGUGCUACACAUACGCAUUUUUAUGAGACCGUGUUGCAGCAGAGACAAUGAGAGAAAAGACAGAAGCAAGAAAAACUAUAGUACUUGACCAGACGUCAAAAAUGGGAGAUUAUAAAUUACUUCAUCAACCUUUUUUGUACGAGCGGGUGAUUUUUAUAAUAUACACACAUGUGGAAUUGAUGAAAUCGCGGCCCUCUUAUUUUGAGGAUGCAAUUCAUAUCUCGUCAAAUGGAACUUUACAAUUUAUUGUGUUUAUGCUGUUUAAAGCAAUAUUUCUUCGUGCCAAAGAUGUUAUUCGAUUCAUGUAUUCAGAUUACAGUACUAAAUGCGAGCCUACAUUUUUUUUAUAUUUUUCUUUGCUGAUGGGAUAAAAAUGGGAGACUUAUCUGAUUUUAGAUAUUAUUCUUUACACGAUAUUUAAUACUGUAUUCAAAUAAAAACAUUU